GUUUUCGUCUAUUGACGGGGGUUCCCCGCCACGACAUAUUGCAAAAUCGAGUGGUACCACAGGCUUCGCACACAGCAUGCCUGCCUGUCAUUGAGACCAUGAUAGACUACUAUGUACUUGGUCUGUUGUGGUGAACAGGAAGGAGACAGGGAACGAAAAUCCAGCAUGGGCUCGCUUCAUCUAAAUACCGUGCCAGCGCCGGUCGGCGAACGAAAAUGAAGUUAUUGUCUCGGAAACUGGGACGCAGCAAUUUUCUUCUGACCGACGCCGACAUAAUCUAGCCCCUUGCAUUUGACCAUCAUCAUGAAGCGAAUCCUGGGUCUCAUUGCCUAUGCUUCCGUCCCAACGGUAAUUAAUGCGGUGCAAAUAUCCGUCGACGAGACUGCGCCCAGCAACCCGGUCUUUGACGCGUAUGUGAGCUACAGCAUCGAGUUUUCUAGCUUCCCCGACUACGCAGGGAACAACUCUCGUCCAAACACCUUCUCCGAGAAUCUCCUAGACAACCUGGGCAAGAUCACUGGUACCAAGCCGUACAUCCGCGUCGGCGGCAAUACGCAAGACUACGCCCUGUACAAUGCCUCGCUGCCCUAUAGUCUGAAUGGCACGAUUGAUCCCAAGCGUUCAUCCGAUUAUCCAACCACGAUCUUCAUCGGUCCCUCGUUCUUUGAGUCUUACAAUUCCUUCAAGAACACCAGGUUCAUUCAUGGCUUCAACCUAGGGCUGGGCGGCAACCGGACGUCCGGCUGGCAGACACUUCUAGACACGGUCCCGCUCGCCUGCAAGGCCCUGGGCGGCGGGAAGUUGUUCGCGUGGACAUAUGGUAACGAGCCGGAUCUGUUCUCUACUUCUGCCCAGGGCCCUGUGAGACCGCCUAGUUGGAACGAGGCAGAGUACGUCGACCAAUGGCUAAACGGCACGAGAAAAAUCCAUGAGUCACUCGAGAGGAACUGUCCAGACCUGGCCAAAAAUGGUACCUAUGGGUACAUUGCACCUUCAUUUGCCGGCGUGGGGAACAAGUUGAAGGCACCGAAAGCGUGGGGCGAAGGACUUAAUGAGGAUAAUAACAUCAAGCUGUUUGCUACACAUAAUUACAUCAGUGGCGCAACCUCUCCAGGGGUUACCCUCCAGGGGACCCUAAUGAACCACUCCAUGACGAAGGCCUCGGUCGAUGCCCACAUUGUUGAGUACAAUCAGGUCAAAGCCAUCGAUGCUGCGGCUCCACCGCUCAUUUUUGGCGAGACCAACUCGUUAUACAACCAAGGUCGACCCGGGCUCUCAAAUACCUUUGGUGCGGCUCUCUGGGGUGUCGACUUUAACCUAUAUUCCGCAAGUGUCGGCUUCAAGAGGGUACACAUGCACAUGGGUACUGAUUACCGGUACGCCUCCUGGCAGCCCAUUGCCACCAACAAGGCCACCAUCGGCACCAAAGCCCCUUACUACGGCAACAUAGCCGUAGCCUCCUUCCUCGCCCCCCCUCCCUCUUCCCCCUACGACUCCCCCGCCACCUCCCUCGCCACCUCCCUCGCAACAGUCAAACACCUCCCCAUCUCCUCCACCCCAUUCCUCUCCGCCUACGCAGCCUACCACUCCUCCAACCUCACCCGCCUCAUCCUCAUCAACCUCCAAUCCUACAACACCACCGCCUCAGGCGAAGGUCUUGCCCCUUUACCUCCUUCGUCCCUGACCCCUCGCCCUUCAGUGACAUUCAACUUCACCUUACCCGCCGCUUAUCUCUUGACGGAUGGAGGGAAAGAAAAGCAGGUGGUGGUGAAGAGGCUGAUGGCUAACGGGAGCGAUGCCAUUACGGGAAUCACGUGGGAUGGAUGGAGCUAUAAUUGGGAAUUGGACGAAGGUAGGCCGGUUAGGUUGGCGAAUGUGACGAGGACGAGUGAGAGCGAGAGAGCGUGGGUUGGGGAGGGGACGAGUGAUGGCGGGAAGGCGGGAUUGGGGGUCGUAGUUGAGGCGGGGAGUGCGGCUUUGGUUGAGUUUGUUUGGUAGUCUUUCCUGGGAGAGGAGGGGGUUUGGGUUUUUAGCUUUGCUUUGUGGGCUUGGGACGGAGCGGAAGGCUUUAUCUUUCCUUAUGAAAGUGGAAAAGUGUAUGUAGAUGUUGUUUUGGGGUGGGUAAGUGAUCAAGUGCUGCCACGAGCGACAAGGAUCACACAGAUGGUAAGGUAUGUAGUAGUCCAGUCAACAAUUGGAAACUUGU